AUGUUACAGUAUGAAAAUGAGUUAAAGGCUGUCAAGUCAAAGGUAAUCAUUUUACGUUUUAUUCAAAAGUGAGAAAGUAUAUCUUUAAUUAUGUUUUUAAGCUUAGCAUUUUUCACCACAUUACGUAUUGCCUGAUUAUUGGUCCGAAGCCAUGUUUUAGAUGAGGUAUACAAUCAGAGUGUAUAAGUGCUCUAAGCAUAUACAGGGAAUGGCAAAUGAUUUAAUUUAAUUGCUGUAGCACGAUGAAGAUGUGAAGCUUCUUGGGCAAAAAAUCGACGUGUUACAGGCCAUUGGAGCUGCGCAUGCUCCACUGGCAACGCAGUUCCCGCAACGACCCUUACAUCAACAAGAACCUGAACCAGAUUGCGCUUGGAAGAUAGCAAACUUUACAAGAAAGCUGGCUCAAGCAAAAUCUGACAAUGAUUAUGGUAUAAUUCAAAGUGAACCUUUUUUCUCAAGUCAUGGUUACAAAAUGAAACUUCAGGUAGAUUUAAAUGAAGCGCCAUCUGGUUACGCAGGCUACAUGGGUGUUUACUUAAUAUUGAUGAAAAGCGAUCUAGAUGGAGCUUUUCCCUGGCCUUUCGCAAAGCGUUGCACAUUUGUUCUUGUUGAUCAACAAGAUGAUCUCAGGCAAAGACAAAACAUUGGGCUCGUAAUAGUUACAGAAGGAAGGAGCAAUUUCCAAAGACCUAGAGAGCACAAAAAUACCGGUGGGGGAGAACGUCAGUUUGUUAAGCAUUCAACUCUACGUACUCGUCAAUACAUUAGAGACGACGCUGUAUACAUCAAGGUCCUGAUAGAUCCAUGAAAAAUAACCAUAAUUAUUAUACUUGGUGUGGAAGCAUACCUACUGUAGUCAGUGCCGGAUUAACCUUUUCAUGGCCGGGGGCAAAAUUA